AUGAAGUUUUCCCAUUCACUCCAGUUCAAUGCUGUCCCUGAGUGGUCUUCAAAAUACAUCAACUAUUCAACGUUGAAAAAAAUUGCUUACAAUUUGCAGAAACAGUAUGUUCAGGAGCUCAACAGCAAGAACCUCAACGAAGAGGCCAGUUUUACGUCAGACCCAAACGAUCCCGAAAACCCAGUGGUUGUGUUCAAACAAGCCUUGGAUGCAGAAGCUGAUCGUAUCAACAAGUUCUACAACCAGAAAGAGGAAGAAAUUUCCAAAGAGUACAUAUCUGUUUUCCACGAAUUUUCGGAUUUCGAGUCGGAAUUCCCUUAUGAUUCCAACGAUGCUAAAAGCAGGGACCAAUUGAAGAAGAUAUUGCGCUCCCUCUUACCAAACUAUCAGGACAUCAAUGAGCCAGCAGACCAUUUAUCAAAUCACGAUGAAAAUGGUCUACCUCAUGAAAGCCACAUGGAAUCUGUUGACGACCUUGACUCCUUGAGACUACAAAAGAAGAAAUCGUUUCCUACAUUAUUCUAUGACGAUGAUUUCCACGUCACAUUCCUGGAGGCACUGAAAGUCGAAAAAAAACCAUUGAUAACACGUGUUUUCACUCACAUAUCAGAACUUAAGUCUUUUAUUGAGUUGAAUAAAAUUGGUUUCGGCAAAGCAUUGAAAAAGUUUGAUAAACUUCUUCAGACCAAUAUCAAGUCAGAAUAUUUGUCCAAACUUGAAAACGACUACUAUGUGUUCAAGAACUCUACCAUUGAACAACUAAAUGCUAAAAUUUCAGACCUUGUCACAUUGUAUUCCAUAUUCACGCAUCACAACAUCAAUGAAGCAAAGCUAGAAUUGGGUACAAACUUACGUGAAAAGGUUGUUUUCGAAAGAAACACUGUGUGGAGGGAUAUGAUUGGGUUGGAGAGAAAGUCACAGGCCGCUUACGCCAAACCUGAAUUUGCAAAGGAAGGCGCCGGCUCUCAUGGUAAUCCUUUCACAAUAAAACUAGGUGCUGGUAGACAAUUAACCAUUCCUGGCUUCCUAACUUCACUUUCGACCCUAAAAAUUGUCAUCAUUGCUCUCAUAACUUUAGUUUUGCUUAACAUAUCUCCUUUUGAGGAUGAACAGCAAAAAAAUUGCUUUGCAGUUUUGAUUUGUUCCUCGUUAUCUUGGGCUACAGAAGCAAUUCCUCUUUUCACCACCUCUCUUUUACUCCCAUUUUUAUUGGUUGUUUUGAAAGUGCUGAAGAAUCCGGAAACAGGUGAAGUAUUUAGCGCUCCAGAAGCUUCCAAGUUCAUUUGUGCUGCAAUGUGGUCCCCAAUUAUCUUAUUGCUAUUGGGUGGUUUUACACUCGCAGCGGCACUUUCCAAACAUAACUUGGAUAAAUACGCAUGCACAUUCUUAUUGUCAAAGGUACAACAACGUCCUGCUCCAAUAUUGUUUGCAAUUAUGGUGGUUUCUACCAUAAUUGCUGCCUUUGUAUCCAACGUCGCCGCUCCGGUAUUGAUGUACUCUGUGGUUCAGCCUAUUUUAAAUACAUUGACUGAUAAAACCGUUAAUGGGAAGACUGUUCAAAAUGAGUUCGCACAAGCUUUGGUUUUAGGAAUUGCAUUAGCAUCAAGCGUUGCAGGAAUGGCAUCUCCAAUUGCAUCCCCCCAGAAUGUUGUUGCACUUCAGUUUAUGGAUCCACCACCUAAUUGGAUACAAUGGUUUUCAGUUUCCAUUCCUGUUUGUGCUUGUUGUUUGGUUUUGAUUUUUAUCGUGUUGAUGAUCUCCUUUUCUUUUAAAGAUGUUACCAUAGUUCCAAUUCAUCAACAUUCAGAUAAUUUUAGUUCCAAGCAGUAUUUUGUUUUGGCGAUCUCUUUGGUCACCAUUGUGCUUUGGUGUUUAGCAUCGGUUUUGGAACCAUGGUUAGGUGAUAUGGGUCAGAUUGCUUUGAUUUCAAUGGUUACUUUUUAUGCAACAGGAGCAUUAUCACAAGAAGACUUCAAUAAUUACCCUUGGACAAUUGUAAUUCUCGCCAUGGGUGGUCUUGCUUUAGGUAAGGCGGUGACGGUUUCGGGACUUUUGACAACUAUUGCCAAUUUGAUUCAGAAACAACUUGAAGACGCAGAAUUGUUUACAAUUUUAGCUGUUUUUGGAUUCAUUGUUCUUAUAAUGGCCACUUUUGUUUCUCAUACAGUCGCUGCCCUUAUUAUCAUUCCAUUGAUCGCAGAAAUUGGACGUUCAUUGCCAGACCCACAUCCAAACAUCCUAGUUUUCUGUACUUCUCUCAUUUGUUCUUGUGCAAUGGGUUUACCAACAUCAGGAUUUCCUAACGUUACUGCCAUUGGAUUGACCAACAAUCUUGGUGAUAAGUAUUUGAACGUUGGCACAUUCAUCAGAAUUGGGGUUCCAACCAGUUUGGGUUGUCUUCUAAUUGUCAUCACUGUUGGGUAUCUCUGUUUGAGGUUGAUCGGUUUCUAA